AGCAGGCUCCGUGCGGGGAGCCCGAUGUGGGACUCAAUCCCAGGACUCCAGGAUCACGGCCUGGGCCAAAGGCAGCCUCUCAACCGCUGAGCCACCCAGGCAUCCCAGAGCAUGCAGUUCUUAAUCUCAGUGUUGUGAGUUCAACCCCAUGUUGGACCUAGAGAUUUAAAAAAAUACAUUCAAUAGGUUAUUUAUGCUAGUGAAACACUUUCCAGCCACCAGCUUAACAUUAAUUUCACAUGAAAAGUUAUGCCAGAGCCAGAACUGAGUAGUUGCCUGAUGAUAACAAAAAAUACUACUACUAAGUGCUUAUUAUGCACCAGACAUUGAAUAAUUUGAAUUAAUUUAUUUAAUUCUCAUAACUCUUUUGAGGUGGGUACUGCUGUUACCUUCAUUUUAGAGAUGAGAAAACUUAAGGCACAGAGCAGUUAAGUAACUUGCUUAAGAUCACACAGCUAGUAUGUGGUGGAGCCAAGAUUCAAACCUAGGCACUUUGGCUUCGGAGCCUGCACUCAACCAGUAACCCACACUGCCUAACAGUCUCAAGGUGAAUAGUGUUAAGUUUCAGUUAGGUUUAGCCUAUGCACUGAUGCACAUAGGUGAUGCAAAGGAGGAAGAAAAGGCAGGGCAGGGGAGGGAAGGCUAACCACAGAUCUAAGUGCUUUACAUGCAUUCAUUUAUUUAAUCCUUAUAACCUAUGGGGUUGGUUCAGCCUGUGGAAUAAGAACUGUUACUAUUUUACACAAGAGGAAAAUGAGACACUGAUGAUUAAAUAACUUGUCAAUAGAUUAUACAGCUAGUAAGUGACACAACCAAUACUUGAAUGUUUUAUACUAUACUGUACUGGAGAGAUACAAAGACCCAGUAUAUGUGCAUCUACUUUAUAUAUACACAUCCUUGCACAGCAGCACACUUCUGCACCUGCAAAAUUACAGUUGACUUUCGUAGUGAUCUCUCCUUUCUCAUUCAUGAUUUUAUUAAUUUGAGUCUUCUCUCUCUUCUUUUUAAUAAGGUUGGCUAAUGGUUUAUCUAUCUUAUUAAUUCUUUCAAAGAACCAACUCCUGGUUCUAUUGAUCUGUUCCACAGUUCUUCUGGUCUCAAUUUCGUUGAGUUCUGCUCGAAUUUUAAUUAACUCUUCUUCUGCUGGGCGUCGGGUCGAUUUGCUGCUUCUUCUCUAGCUCCUUUAUGUGUAAGGUUAGCUUUUGUAUUUGAGUUCUUUCCAGUUUUUGAAUGGAUGCUUGUAUUGCGAUGUAUUUCCCCCUCAGGACUGCUUUUGCUGUAUCCCAAAGAUUUUGAACAGUUGUAUCUUCAUUCUCAUUAGUUUCCAUGUACAGUUGACUUUCGAAUAGUGCUAGGGGCAGUUAGGGAUGCUCAAAAUCUGCAUGUAACUUUUGCCACACGCUCAAAAUCUGCAUGUAACUUUUGAGUCCCCCCAAAACCGAAAACCGGUAACAUAAACAGUCAAUUAACACAUAUUUUGUAUGUUAUAUGUAUUACAUACUGUAUUCCUACAACAGAGUAAGCUAAAGGAAAUCAUAAGGAAGAGAAAAUACAUUUAUGGUACUGUAAAAAAAAUCUGCAUAAUAAGUGUACCUGUGCAAUCCAAACCCUUGUUUUUCAACUGCAUAAUGCUUGCUUUGGCUAGAACAGAUCCUACAGCUUCAUGGCACAAGGCUCACACAUUCUGUAGAGCAGGGUUACCAGAUUUAACAAAUAAAAAUAAGGACCCCCAGUUAAAUUUGAAUUUUGGGUAAACAAGGAGUAAUUUUAAAUAUGCCCCAUUCAAUAUCUGAGAAAUAGUAAAAACAUUUUUUGUUGCUUAUCUGAAAUUCAAAUUUAACUAGGCAUCCUGUAUUUAAUCAGGCAGCCUUACCAAGGAGAAACAAAAAAAUAGGUUUGAAGUUCUAAAGCAAAUGACUACUCCUACAUAAAGUCUUAAGUGAGUUUUGGGGGCACUUUGUUUUUCUCUCCCAUACCUUUACAUCCCAACCUACUCUAUCCGUUGUAGGAUGUCUGACUCUCCUUGUAGGUGCUUGAUUUUUCCCGUUCAGACCGUUAACCUCCUUCGCGGGAACUGCCUGGUGUUCAUUUCCGAAUUCCCAAUCGUGGAGAGGUUGAGUGAUUGAAAUGGUUAUGGAGUUAACCGUUUCUGAGAGUCACUGGGUGUAAGGAAUGGACGGAAACUAGCAUUUGUCCCCGGUCCUGUGCUGAAUAUGGUGCAGACUGUCUUGCAGUGUUUAAGCUCCUUCAGGCCACAUUAUGGAUAAUGGCCGGACGUCGCCUUUGGCCACAGAGGGUUCCCAUCCUUUCGAGGCCUCUUGACAUAACUAACCCGUCGUUCUAGUUUCCAUCACCUUCCUGAGCGAGCAGGUCCUGGGUCUCCUCGGAGCGAACUCGUGUUGCCAUAGCAACAGCAGGUCCCGUGGGACUCCGGUGGGGUCGGAAGUGCGUGACCUUCCGGUUUGCGUCGGAGACGUCGGCCGCCCGGAAGUGACGCUCGGUGGCCGCGCAUGGCCGCGCCCCGUCGGGAUGCCGCUCGUGGUGUUGUGCGGGCUGCCGUACAGCGGCAGGAGCCGGCGCGCCGAGGAGCUGCGCGGGGCGCUGGCGGCCGAGGGCCGCGCGGUGUGCGUGGUGGACGACGCGGCGGUGCUGGGCGCGGAGGACGCGACCGUGUACGGCGACUCCGCCCGGGAGAAGGCGCUGCGCGGCGCCCUGCGAGCGGCGGUGGAGCGGCGCCUGAGCCGCCGCGACGUGGUCAUCCUGGACUCGCUUAACUACAUCAAGGGCUUCCGCUACGAGCUCUACUGCCUCGCGCGGGCGGCGCGCACCCCACUCUGCUUGGUGUAUUGCGUGCGGCCGGGCAGUGUGAGCGCGGGGCCUCGGGCGGCGGCGGACCCUGGCCGGAAUGGCGGUGCGGGUCAGAGGCCGCGCGCUGAGGACGGAGGGAGACCCCUGGCGGCGGGCGCCGCGGUCCGCAGGGAGCCCUGGGCCGCCGAGCCUCAGGAAGCGGAGCAGGAGACCGCGGCGCCCGCUCUCCCGGCUUUUGGGACUCCAGAAUUCGAAGAAUCUGCAAAGCUCGGGUCCAGUGCGUCUUACCCCCCCGAGCUUAUGGAAGCCCUGACGGUGCGCUUUGAGGCUCCAGACUCUCGGAACCGCUGGGACCGACCGCUGUUCACCUUGGUAGGCUUAGAGGCGCCGUUGCCCCUGGCCGAGAUUCGGGCUGCCUUGUUUGAGAACCAGGCCCCCCCGCCCCAUCAGUCUACACAGUCCCAGCCCCUUGCCUCCGGCAGCUUUUUGCACCAGUUGGAUCAGGUCACGAGCCAGGUGUUGGCGGGACUGAUGGAAGCGCAGAAGAGCGCGGUCCCUGGAGACCUGCUUAAGCUUCCUGGCACCACGGAGCACCUGCGGUUUACCCGGCCUUUGACCAUGGCAGAACUGAGUCGCCUCCGCCGCCAGUUUAUUUCCUACACCAAGAUGCAUCCUAACAAUGAGAACCUGCCUCAGCUGGCCAACAUGUUUCUGCAGUAUCUGAGCCAGAGCCUGCACUAGGGGCGGGGGGGGGGGGGGCUCCUCGUCUAAUCUCCACUUCCCUAAGUUUCUUGAUCGACUAAUUUCAGUGUCUGCAGGGCAUGUUGAUGUGUGGUGGCAGAGCUGCUGUGAUUGAUUUACUCACGCUUUCCUCUGUGGUAGGCCUUGUGUUUACAGCAUAGAUUGAAACUAAAGAAAAGAGAACUGGCUCGGAGGAUCUUGGCAAAUUUCUCCAGGGGACAGUCAGGUGGACAGAGUUUGUUUAGAUUGGGUUCUACUUGACAUAUCAGACAUGAAUUUUCCCCAUCUGAACUGUGGGAGCGCAGACUGGAUGGAUGAGUUGUCUUAAAACAGUUAUGAACAAAACCUCAAGAUGGCUCAGGUCUGCAUCUGCACUGGCCUUUCUUUCACAUAAUUUUUUGAGUACUCUGCCUACUUUUUGCUAAUCUGUCCCAGAGCCAAAGGUCACAGAUAUAUCCACGGGUUUCUGUGCUUGGGAAGCUUUGGUUUUAGUGGAAGUGAAAGAUAACUACUAUUUUAUCUAAUAAAAUCUUUUAGGAGAAGAAAGUUGGCUGGAAUCUUUUUCACUUAAUAUAACUUAAUGUUAUUCAUGUAAUUUACUUAAUAUAUGUGUAUCUAAAUGUUACAUCACUAUUAUGCCUUUGACCAAAGUAGUGCUUUGGCAGUGCUUAGUGAGAGACUAUAUAUUUUGCUCUAACUUAGCGCAAUUAACACUUCUAUAACAGUUGUGCUUCAUUCUGUAUUUCAAGGCAAGUAUCACCAUAAGCUUCUUUAAUUCUUUCAUUGAUUUCCUUAAAUGGUGGGUACCUACCUUACCAGUACUUGUGAUUUUCUUUUUUUUUUUUUUUUUAAUUUCUUUUUAUUGGAGUUCAAUUUGCCAACAUAUAGCAUAACACCCAGUGCUCAUCCCAUCAAAUGCCCCCCUCAGUGCCCGUCACCCAGUCACCCCAACCCCCGCCCAUCUCCCUUUCUACCACCCCAUCCCAGAAUUAGGAGUCUCUCGUGUUCUGUCUCCCUCACUGUUAUUUCCCACUCAUUUUCUCUCCUUUCCCCUUUAUUCCCUUUCACUAUUUUUUAUAUUCCCCAAAUGAAUGAGACCAUAUAAUGUUUGUCUUUCUCUGAUUGACUUAUUUCACUCAGCAUAAUAUCCUCCAGGUCCAUCCAUGUCAAAGCAAAUGGUGGGUAUUCGUCAUUUCUAAUGGCUAAUAUUCCAUUGUAUACAUAGACCACAUCUUCUUUAUCCAUUCAUCUUUCAAUGGACACCGAGGCUCCUUCCACAGUUUGGCUGUUGUGGACAUUGCUGCUAUAAACAUUGGGGUGCAGGUGUCCCGGUAUUUCACUGCAUCUGUAUCUUUGGGGUAAAUCCCCAGCAAGCACUUGUGAUUUCCAAAGAUAAAUUAGAGGUAGUCUUUGCCCAUGAGAACUAAUAGUUUGGUGAAAAAUACACACAUGUAGACAUGAUUAUGGGAUGAAAAGGGCUGGUGGUUGCAGGAUGAAGACAGAAUGCUUUGGAAACCCAGAGGAGGAAAGGACUAAUUAGCUGUUUGAGAGAAGGUCGUUUUGGGAAAGCUUCACAGAGGGUGAACAUUUGAACUGUCACUCAAACGGGUCAGCAAAGGGUCAAAUAGUAAAUAUUUUAGGUUUUGUAGGCCAUAAGGUCUCUGUUGCAGCUUAUUAACUGUAGCACAUUGUAGCACAAGAGCAGCCAUAUACAGUAAGUAUGCAACAGUGUAUUUUAAUACUACACUGAAAGGUAAAGUAUGUUUAAUCUUAACAUACCACAAGGUACUAUUUUUUAAUUUGUUUUUCAACCAUUUAAAAAUGAAAAGGAAUUUGUAUUUUACAGCUCUACAGAAGCAGGUAGUAUGUUGAAUCAGGUCUACAGACACUAGUUUGCUGAUGUCUGCUCUAGAAGGAUAAAUAGAAGUUUGCUUGGGAGAGAGGAGGGAGCAAGGCAUUCUAAACUGCUCUGUAAGUGCAUGGAGCUAUUAAAAGGAUGGGCUGCCUUGGUUGGUGAUGUGUUUCUUCAGGCAGUCUGGACCACCCUUUGUUAUAUGAAAUAUAUUGGAUAUAUUAUAAUUAUAUAUAACGUAUUAGAUGAUACAUUAUAAUUCCGGAAUGAAAUGGAGGCUUGGACUAGGCAGCUUGUAAGGCCUUUUCCAACCUCUUAUCUGAUUUAAAGUUAGUUAAUUAAUGAUUGUGGAUUGCCAUCCUAAAAUGAAGUAGACAGUAACAGAAAGAGCAUUGGUUUUGGUGUCAGACUUCAUGAAUUAGUAAGUGGCAGAACCUAGGUUUUUUGGGGCCAUAUAUUUAAUCUCUUAGGAGUCUUAGUCUUAAUUUUCUCAUUUCUAUUUGAGAACAGUAAUAGUAUAUAACUUAGGAUUGUUGUGAGGAUUUAUUUAUUUUAAAAGAUUUGUUUAUCUGAGAGAGAACACAAGCAGGGGAAGGGGCAGAGGGAGAAGGAGAAACAAGACCCUCUGCUGAGCAAGGAGCCAGUAGUCCCAGGGCUUGACCCCAGGACUGUGAGAUCAUGACCUGAAACAAAGUCUGAUGCUUAACUGACUGAGCCACCAGGCGCCCCUGUAGUGAGGAUUUUUUUUUUUCUAAGAUUUUAUUUAUUCAUGAGAGACCCAGAGAGAGGCAGAGACAACAGGUAGAGGGAGAAACAGGCUCCAUGCAGGGAGCACGACAUGGGACUCGAUCCUGGGGCUCCAAGAUCAGGCCCCGGGCUGAAGGCAGCUUUAAACCACUGAGCCACCUGGGCUGCCCUGUAGUGAGGAUUUAAAUGAUACAAUGCAUGUAAAGUACAUAGUGCAAUGUAUAAUACAUGGUUAGAUUUUGGCUAUUAUUACUGUGAUUACUUAGAUCCCACUUCUCACGUAAGUUUGCCUUGUUUGGUUUAUAAGCUUUUACAAGUAUUAGAGGCACAAAUCCAUCCCAGAUUUGUAGUAGGUCUCUAAUGAAGUAGGUAGUAGGUCUCUAAUGAAGUAGCUGAAUAAUUUGACAGUUACUAAAUUAAUUAUGUAUAUUUGGAAUAGUGCCUGCUACAUAGUAAAUGCUACGUAAGUGUUUGUUAUCAGUAAUAUUCUAUGUGCCAGAUGUUAAGGCAUGUGGAAAGAGCUAAGUUCUUAACCUUAGGAAACCCCAAGUCUGGGGGCUCCUGGGUGGCUCAGUUAAGUUUCUGACUCUAGGUUUCAGCUCAGGUCAUUAUCUCAGGGUCCUGAGCUCAAGCCCCAUUGAGUUCAGCCUCAGUGUGGAGCCUGCUUAAGAUUCUCCCUGCUCCUUCUAUACCCGCUCCUUCCCGCCACAUGUUUGUGCUCUCUCCUAAAUAAAUAAAUAGAUCUUUAAAAACAAAAAAAGAGGGAUGCUUCGGUGUCUCAGUUGGUUAAGCAUCUGCUUAGGGCUCAAGUCGUGAUCUCUGGGUCCUGGGAUCAAGCCCUGCUUUGGGCUCCCUGCUCAGCAGGGAGUCUGGUUUUCUCUCCCCCCCCCCCACCUUUUUCUUUUUCUUUCCUUUUUUUUUUUAAAGAUUUUAUUUAUUUAUUCAUUCAUUCAUUCAUUCAUGAGAGACUCAGAGAGAGAGAGGCAGAGACACAAGCAGGCUCCAUGCAGGGAGCCUGACGUGGGACUCGAUACGGGGUCUCCAGGAUCAGGCCCUGGGCUGAAGGCGGCCCUAAACCGCUGAGCCACCCGGGCUGCCCUACCCCACCCUUUAUCUCUCCCUUUUUCUCUCCCUCUCUCUCUCUCCCUUCUCUCUCUCUACAUCUUCCCCAACUUGUGCUCUCUCACACUCUCUCUCAAAUAAAUAAAAAAUCUUAAAAAAAAAAAAAAAGGCUUUCAGGGAGACAGGGAAGUAAUAGAGUUCAAGGCAGUAAAUGCAUCGAUUGUAUUCUACAGUGUAUGGUGGUCUGGUGAUGCAGGGGUUGGAUAAUGAAGAAAGCCCCUGGCUGCUUCCAUACUGCUCUCCUACAAGUUGGCAUUUGAGCCUUGACAACAUAAGAGCUUCAUCUGGCCAAGACUGGUUCAGGUGGAUUGUGUUGCUUAUCAUUUAAAAAAGAAAAAGAUUUAUAGAUCUUUUGAUUAUAAAAAUUACAUUUAAUUAUAGAAAAUACAGAAAAAGUGUAAAAUCCACAAUCCCAUUACCUAGGAAAAACUGCUAUUAUAUUUUGGUACAUUUCUGUCAUUUCCUUUUAGGCUCUUUUCCUCUGUAUAUAGUUGUAAUUUUAAUCCAAACUACAGAUGAUAAUUUUAUAUUCUGGUUUGGUUUAUUUAUUUAUUCAUUCAUUCAUUUAAGAUUUUUAUUCGUGAGAGACACAGGGGGAGAGAGAG